UCUCUGCUCUCCUUCCGCCCCCUCGGCGGCUGGCUGCCUUCCCGCUCUCUCUCCCAGGGCUGCCGUCCCUUCCUCCUCUUCCUCGUCGUACUAUGGCACUGAGUUACUAAGCUUUCAGAGGCAGAGAAAUGGAUAUGUCGGACCCCGGUUUCUGGACGCUGCUUUCCAACUUCACGCUGCCCCACCUGCGGCGCGGCAGCCGGCUCCGCCGGACCCAGAGCUGUAGAACAAGUAACAGGAAGAGUUUGAUGGGCAGUAGCCAGUCUCCAGCUCUGCCUCGGCCUCAUUCACCACUCUCAGCUCAUACAGGAAACAGUCCUCAAGAUAGUCCUAGGAAUUUCUCUCCCAGUGCCUCAUCCCACUUUUCUUUUGCACGAAGUCAUGGGCAUCGAAAUGACAGGACUGAUGGUCGCCGCUGGUCUUUGGCUUCUCUCCCUUCUUCUGGCUAUGGUACAAAUACACCCAGCUCAACUGUUUCUUCAUCCUGCUCAUCCCAGGAGAAGCUACACCAGUUACCAUACCAACCAACACCUGAUGAGCUACAUUUUUUGUCUAAACAUUUCUGUACCACUGAGAGCAUUGCCAGUGAUAACAGGUGCAGGACAACUGCGAUGCGUCCUCGGUCCCGAAGUCUCAGCCCUGGACGUUCCCCUGCUUGCUGUGACAAUGAAAUAAUUAUGAUGAACCAUGUCUACAAAGAAAGGUUCCCAAAGGCCACCGCUCAGAUGGAAGAGAGGCUUCAGGAGAUUAUAACAAAUCAUUCUCCAGAGAACAUCCUUCCUCUGGCAGAUGGAGUGCUGAGUUUUACCCACCAUCAGAUCACAGAACUGGCUCGAGAUUGUUUGGAUAAAUCUCACCAGGGCCUCAUCACAUCACGAUACUUCCUUGAAUUACAGCAGAAAUUAGACAAAUUGCUGCAGGAGGCACAAGAGCGAUCAGAGAGUGGAGAAAUGGCAUUUAUUAAACAACUUGUUCGAAAAAUCCUGAUAGUUAUUGCUCGUCCUGCUCGCUUACUGGAAUGCCUGGAAUUUGAUCCCGAAGAGUUUUACUAUCUUUUGGAAGCAGCUGAAGGCCAUGCUAAAGAGGGGCAAGGCAUUAAAACAGACAUCCCUCGAUACAUUAUUAGCCAGCUGGGCUUAAAUAAAGAUCCUCUGGAAGAAAUAGCUCAGCUGGCUAGUUGUGACAGUGGGACAUCAGAAACUCUGGAAGCGGAUGAAUCAAUAAAUAGCUCUAAUACCUCGCUGAAGCUGCAGAGGAAACCUCGGGAAAGUGAUUUUGAAACAAUUAAACUGAUUAGUAAUGGAGCUUAUGGUGCUGUUUAUUUUGUGAGGCACAAAGAAACCAGACAAAGAUUUGCCAUGAAGAAAAUUAAUAAGCAAAAUCUCAUCCUGAGAAACCAGAUCCAACAGGCCUUUGUUGAGCGUGAUAUCCUGACAUUUGCAGAAAAUCCAUUUGUUGUCAGCAUGUAUUGCUCCUUUGAAACAAGACGUCAUUUAUGUAUGGUCAUGGAAUAUGUAGAAGGUGGAGAUUGUGCUACUUUGAUGAAGAAUAUGGGUCCCUUACCUGUAGACAUGGCAAGGAUGUACUUUGCAGAGACUGUUCUGGCCUUGGAAUACCUUCAUAAUUAUGGAAUUGUACACAGGGAUUUGAAACCUGACAAUCUGUUGGUAACAUCCAUGGGCCACAUAAAGCUUACCGACUUCGGCCUGUCGAAAGUGGGGCUAAUGAGUUUAACUACCAAUCUGUACGAGGGUCACAUUGAGAAGGAUGCCAGAGAAUUCCUUGACAAACAAGUCUGUGGUACACCUGAAUAUAUAGCUCCUGAAGUGAUUCUGAGACAGGGUUAUGGAAAACCAGUGGAUUGGUGGGCCAUGGGAAUUAUUCUUUAUGAAUUUCUUGUUGGAUGUGUGCCAUUCUUUGGAGAUACCCCAGAAGAGCUCUUUGGACAAGUAAUCAGUGAUGAAAUCAACUGGCCUGAAAAGGAUGAAGCACCGCCUCCGGAUGCCCAGGAUCUAAUUACUCUGCUACUUAGGCAGAAUCCUUUGGAAAGACUGGGAACAGGUGGUGCAUAUGAAGUAAAGCAGCAUCAGUUCUUCAGGAGCCUUGACUGGAAUAGUCUUCUGAGGCAGAAAGCAGAAUUUAUUCCACAGUUGGAGUCUGAAGAUGACACAAGUUAUUUUGACACUCGUUCUGAAAAAUACCACCAUAUGGAAACUGAGGAAGAAGAUGAUACCAACGAUGAAGAUUUUAAUUUAGAGAUAAGACAAUUUUCCUCAUGUUCACACAGAUUUUCAAAAGUUUUUAGUAGUAUAGAUCGAGUCAUUCAAAUUCAAGGUGAAGAAAAGGAAGAUGCAGGAGACAAAGCAAAAAGUGUAGCAUUGCCUUCUGUGGAAUCUUUAAGCUGGAGUUCAGAAUAUUCUGAAAUACAGCAAAUAUCUACAUCCGUCUCAUCUGAGACUGACAGCAGCCGGCAGCAGCGCAGUUCUGGUUUGCUUCCAAAAUUGUCCGUAUCAGCCGAAGGAGAACAGGAUGAUUCCACCAGCUCACGGGGACCCCGGGAGGAGCAGGAAAAGUCUGCGUUUGUGAGUGAGGAAAUAGUGCAAGACGAACCUGAAGUAACCACUCCAGCAAGUACAAUCAGCAGCUCCACACUCUCAGUUGGCAGUUUCUCAGAACACUUAGAUCAAAUAAAUGGAAGAAGUGAGAGUGUGGACAGUACAGAUAACCCUUCAAAGCCAGCUGGUGAAGUUGCAUCUCACAUGGCUCGACAGCGAUUGGAAAGCACAGAGAAAAAGAAGAUCUCUGGAAAAGUCACAAAGUCCCUUUCUGCAAGUGCUUUGUCCCUCAUGAUCCCAGGAGAUGUGUUUGGUGUUUCUCCUUUGGGAAGUCCUAUGUCUCCUCAUUCCUUAUCAUCCGACCUUUCAUCAUCCCGAGAUUCUUCUCCCAGCCGUGAUUCAUCAAUUGCUGCUGCAAGUCCUCAUCAGCCGAUUGUAAUUCACAGUUCAGGAAAGAAGUAUGGCUUUACCAUCCGAGCAAUCAGGGUUUACGUGGGUGACAGUGAUAUCUACACUGUGCACCACAUAGUUUGGAAUGUAGAAGAAGGAGGUGCAGCUUACCAAGCAGGUUUAAAAGCUGGAGACCUGAUUACUCAUAUCAAUGGAGAGCCAGUGCAUGGUCUUGUUCAUACAGAAGUCAUUGAAUUGUUGUUAAAGGUAACUCUUGGACAGCUGGGAUACUAA